CAGAGUACUCGACUACUGUGGUAAAUACAAGACCCCUUGUCAAGCCGAUUAAAGGUGUGGUUAGUCAUCUUUUGAAGUGAAAUAAUUUUAUCAGAACACCAAUGUCUGAAAAGCAUAGUUUUUUCUUGUAUCCCAUUACUUGCCACGCGUGGAACAAAGAUAGAACUCAAAUUGCCCUUUCUCCAAACAACCAUGAGGUCCAUAUUUAUCAGCGUAAUGGAAACGACUGGAUACUCCUUGAUGUGCUCAAUCAACACGAUCUUAGAGUGACUGGCAUCGAUUGGGCUCCUAACUCCAACAGAAUCGUCACCUGUUCAGCGGACCGCAAUGCCUAUGUUUGGACCCUUAGUGACGAUGGUAAAUGGAAACCAACUCUAGUGUUACUGAGAAUCAUCAGGGCUGCCACCUGCGUCAAGUGGUCGCCCAAAGAAAACAAGUUUGCUGUCGGCUCAGGAGCAAAACUUAUCUCUGUUUGUUACUUUGAGGGGGAGAAUGAUUGGUGGGUGUCAAAACACAUCAAGAAACCAAUCAAAUCUACUGUAACGGCUCUCGACUGGCAUCCCAACAAUUAUCUACUUGUGGUUGGCUCCACUGAUUUUAAGGUUAGAGUGUACUCUGCGUAUGUGAAGGAUAUCGACGAGUCUCCCCCCGCCACCCCUUGGGGUAAAACUGCGGCCAUUGGUCAGAUGCUAGCCGAGUUCCAGAACUCUAGUUUUGGUGGAGGAUGGAUCCAUAGUGUAAGUUUCUCUGGUUGUGGCACCAGAGUGUGCUGGGUCUCGCACGAUGCUUCAGUGUGUGUGGCCGAUGCUAACCGCAACAAUGCCGUGUCCAAACUGCGGACAGAUCAUCUGCCGUUCCUCUCCUGCGUCUGGGUCGGGUCCAACACCAUUGUGGCUGCGGGUCAUGGAUGCUGUCCUAUGAUUUAUUUAGUUGACGAAUCAGGACAUGUACAACAUGGAGGGAAGCUGGAUAUGUCGACAAAGAAAGAAUCAACUGGUCUCAGUGCGAUGAAAAAGUUUCAAAGCUUCGACAGGAAUGCGAGGUCGGAGAAUGUGGACACAGUUCUAGACACGAUACACCAGAACGCCAUCACAUGUGUGUGCAUUUACCAAGGCGUGAAGGGGAACGCAACCAAAGUGUCCACCAGUGGCAAUGACGGACAACUGGUUAUUUGGGAUCUUCAGUCUAUGGAAGGAGGGAUGCAAGGACUGAAAAUCGCAUAAGUAUAAUUAUAAGUUAAGCUUUACAAUUAAUUUUUCAAUUCUGAAGUCUGUAGGCAUAUUAUUAUAUUUUUCUGAACAUUGGUUUAAAACCUGAGUACCGGUAUGAUAAAAUAAUUAAAGCUAAAAGUUAAGUUUUACUUCACAUGUUUCAUGAUGGAAUUUUUAAUUUUCACUCACCACAUCAGUUAAAUAAAUCUCAUUCUGGCAAAACUAAUUGCAAUUUUUCAACUCAAAAAUUAAAAAUUCUGUUUUAGUUAGCAAAUAAAUUAUUAACAUAGAUUAAAUAAAAGUAUACGAAAAAUUUUAUUAAAUUUGAGUGUUUUAUCUUAGUUGUUAAGAAAAAUCACCCAUCACUCUAUACUACAAAAAGUAUGUUGCCUAGGCAUAGAGAAAAUCCAACUUAAUUAUUUGUUUAGUAAAAAGGAAGUCAAUAAUCUUUCUUUGAUUUUUUAUUCAAUAAGACUGGAAAAGAAAUUUAGGAUUCAGAAUUGAAAUUUGCAUUUUUACAAAGAGCAUUUUUAUACUAAAUAUUAUUUUUGUUUGAAAAUAUUGUAUUUUAAUCAUUGUUAUAGUUAUAAUUUAGUAUUGUAUUAUUUACACAAUAAAUAAUUGAUUUUAUUGUG